UCCGCCAUUAAAAUCUGAAUUUCAAGCUUUUUUUCCCUCUCCCUCUCUCUCUCUCCAUACAGAUUCACAAUUUUCCAACCAAUCUCCGGUUUCAAUCCUUCCUCUCAAUCGUGCAAGAAUUUCUCUGAAGAAGAAGAAGAAGAAGAAGAAGAAGAAGAAGAAGAAGGUUUCCUUUGGCUCGAGGAAAAUGGACGUGGGGUCUGCGAAUGUGGAUCUUCCUACGACGGACAAAGAAAUCAUACCGGAGAAGAUUGAGGAUGAAGAGAUCAAAGAGCCUUUGAUUCAUUGCGAGCUUUGCGAUGCGGAAAUUAUUCAUAAACUUGCUCAGGUUCUCCUUCCUGGAUUAUCCACCGCAUGUGUCGAUAAUACGAGUGGCGAUAUUUUUCGAACCCCUGGUUCAGUGGCUGCCGAUAUGAGGAAAGAAAUGGUGGAUUAUCUUACCAUGAGGAGCGAAACUUGUGUGGCUGAAUCUGUAAUUUUAGAGAAUGCGCCGGAUGCUGAGGUAUCUGAUCAUCCUUAUGAUAUCAUCUCUGAUUUCGUUGAUGAUUUUGCUGCUACGAAGAGAAAUUUGUUUAGUAGAGUUUCAGGAUGGGUUCUAAGUGAGAAAAGAGAGGAUAAGAUAGAUGAUUUUGUUCAAGAAAUGGACAUUAAUGGCUUUUGGCCACUUGAUAGGAGAGAAGCAAUUGCUCAGGUUUUGCUUAAGAAUGUAGAUUUUAAGAGUGAAUUUCAUUGUGAUAAGAAAUUUCACUCUGCAGAAGAACUAGCUGAGCAUGUCGAAAACUGUGGGUUUAGGUCCUUAACUUGCACAAAUGAAGGCUGCACUGCAAGAUUUUGUGCAAGCCACGCAGAACAGCAUGAUUCCAUCUGCCCCUUCAAGAUAAUUUCAUGUGAACAGAAGUGUUCUGCCUUUAUUAUGAGACGUGAAAUGGACCGCCAUUGCAUAACUGUUUGUCCAAUGAAGCUUGUGAACUGCCCCUUCCAUAAUUUGGGUUGUCAAUCCCCUGUUCCUUACUGUAUGAUAGCGCAGCAUUGUUCAGAGAGUUUUGAUUCUCAUUUACUGCACAUUCUUCACUCUAUACACAAGGAAGCCAAUGAAGAGACUCUUAUACAUAGACGGCAACAGCUUGAAGAGGCAUCAUCACUUGACCACCUUAGAGGGCUUCAAAACUUGAGAUUGUUAACCUCAAAAAUCAAAGAAAUGGAAUCGAGGCUAGGACCGUUAGUAGUCAUCUGCAAGGUUGAGGACACGGAAGAAGCAAAGGAUAGCUCUGACGGAAGUGACGAAGAGAAGGAGGCGUCUAAUGCAACUGAAGAUGCCAAGGAUGGCUCUAAUGCAACCAAAGAAAAGGACAUGUCUAAUGGAAAUGAAGAAACAAAGGAUGCCUCUAUUGCAACUGAAGAAAGGAAGGAUGCGUCUACUGCAAUUGAAGAAAGGGAAGUCAUGUCUAGUGCAAUUGAAGAAAUGAAGGACGCUUCUAACGAAAAAGAAGAAGAUAGUGAUGUUUCUAAUGAAAAAGAAGAGAUGAAGGACACUUCUAACAAGAAAGAAGAAGACCGCGAUGAUUCUAAUGAAAAAGAAGAAGCGAAAGAUGCUUCUUCUAAUGAAAAAGAAACAAAAGAAGAAAAAGAAGAAACGAAAGAUGCUUCUAAUGAAAAAGAAGAAACGAAAAAUGCUUCUAAUGAAAAAGAAGAAACGAGAGAUGCGUCGAAUUCAACUGAAGAAACGAAGGAUGCUUCUAAUGCAAAGGAAGAAAUGAAGAAUGGUUCUGAUUCAGAGGAAGAAAUGAAGAAUGGUUCUGAUUCAGAGGAAGAAAUGAAGAAUGAUUCUGAUAUAAAGGAAGAAAAGAAGGAUGAUUCUGAUGUAAAGGAAGAAAAGAAGGAUGAUUCUGAUUCAGAGGAAGAAAAAAAGGAUGGUUCUGAUGCAGCAGAGGAAGAAGUGAAGAAAGAAAUUGAAGAAAGGAAGGAGGAAGAAAGGAAGGAUGCUUCAAAUGUAGUAAGAAAUGAUCCAGAUGAAGCUGAAAGAUAAAAAAUAAAAAGAAAAAAAAGUUGACACACCAUUUGAGAAAUCUCUUACAUUUACAGAAACCCUUAGCUUUGGUGAAGAAAAUCCAACUACAGAAUGCUUCCUUUCCAUCAUAUCAUGGUUAGUUUCCCUUUCUUCAACCAAAGCAAAGGGGUCCCUCAUUUUUUUCUACUUUUUAUUCAUUCUUAUACAUUAUGAUUCAUUUCCCAAAUGCAAAAUUGUAAACUACUUUCAUUCUACAUCAUAUAAACCAUAUGAUGUUCUUCUGAAUCUGCUUUCAAUUUUGACUCUUUUGAGUGGGAUACAAAUUCACCGACAUGAAUAUAGCUCAAAUGAUUAAGACGUUGAAGACAUUCGAGAAAAGGUCAGCAUUUGUUAUUAAUUACAAAACAACUAUCAAUGAAACUGAUUGUUCUUUUUUUUUC